AUGGGGGUGCUCUCAAACAAGAUCCAGAGGGAUCAACUCAGACCUGGAGAUCAUAUUUAUUCCUGGAGGCGCGCCUACCUCUAUGCCCAUCACGGGAUAUAUGUCGGGGAGGGAAAGGUUAUCCACUUCACUCGGGGAGCUGGCCAGGAAAUUGGCACAGGAACUGUGUUAGACCGCAUCAUUUUCAGCUCCUCCCCAUCCCAUUCCCCGGACAAUCCCUGCCCAAAAUGCGGCGAUCAAUCAAGUCUUGAUGGUGUCAUGUCUUCUUGCAUAGAUUGUUUUCUAUCUGGCGGUGAUCUCUACCUCUUUGAAUAUGGUGUCAAUGCUGCUUUCUUUAUUGCCAAAGCUAGAGGGGGUACCUGUACGCUUGCCGCGUCUGACCCACGACAAGAUGUCCUUCAUCGUGCUUUUUAUCUUCUCCAGAAUGGUUUUGGUAGUUAUGACAUUUUCAAAAACAACUGUGAAGACUUUGCAAUAUAUUGCAAAACAGGUUUGCUCGUGUACACUAGCAUUAGUGUGGGCAGGAGUGGACAGGCUGCUUCCUUUUUAGCAGCUGCAAGUGCUGUUAUUUCUUCACCGCUUCGAUUUUUGACUACUAGUUUUACUGGUCUGGGUGCUGUUGGUUGCGGCAUGUAUUGUGUUAGCCGAUUGGUUUCUGAUAUCGGAAUACGUCGUGAUGUUAUAAAAAUUCCAGUGGAGAGACUUACUGCUCCGCGUGGCCUAGAUGAGGCAGAGUUUGCAACUGAAGUGGUCAAGACAGAUUAA